AUGAAUUUUGAGUUUCCAGACGAGGACGUUAUGCUUGUUACUAAUUACGAAGAACCUGGUCCGAAUGAAGGACCUGAGCCAGGAUCCCGAUGGACUAUGGUUUUUGACGGAGCUUCGAACGCACUUGGAAAUGGUAUUGGUGAUGUGAUUAUUUCUCCCAAAGAUGGUCAUACGACAUUCACUGCAAGACUAUGUUUUGACUGCACUAACAAUAUGGCCGAAUACGUAGCGUGCAUCAUGGGCAUCACAGUUGCAAUCGAUUUGGGAAUCAAAUUUCUAGAGGUGUAUGGGGAUUCAGCCUUGGUAAUCUGUCAUAUCAAAGGAGAAUGGGACACGAAGCAUCCUAAUCUCAUCGCUUACAAGGAUCAUGUGGUGACUUUGGUUCCUUAUUUUGAAGAGAUUACUUUUGAGCAUAUCCCACGAGAAGAGAAUCAGUUGGCGGACGCGUUAACUACUAUGUCAUUUAUGUUCAAAGUCAGAUGGGACAAUGUGGCGCCCAUGAUCACCAUUGAAAGAUUGGGUGAGCUGGUAUAUUGUUGUGAGAUCGUUACGGAGGAGGUAAAAGAGAAACCUUGGUUCUAUGAAGUAAAAAGGUAUCUUGAAGCUCAGGAAUAUCCUGAAGGGGCAUCUAUUAUUGGCAAGAAGUUUUUAAGGAGGUUCUCUGCCAAGUUUUAUCUGAGUAAUGGAAUCUUAUACAAGCAUAAUCAUGACUCGACUCUGCUUCAUUGUGUGAACAAGAAGGAAGUAGAACAAAUAAUGGAAGACAUACAUGAAGAAAUUGAAAGAACUUUGCAUGCAAGGCGUAUACAAGCUCGUCUGGGUAAACUGGAAUCCGAAGAAGAAGUUGUUUUAGUUCAUUCAAGUUCAGACACUGAAAGUGAAGAAGAAAUCAUGGGCCAGAAUCCACCAGCACCUGAGAAACUUCUUGGGGACUACGGUAGGGCAAACUCACUGGGUGGUAGGUUGACAAUUGAAUGUGCAAAAUUUUCAGCUGCAUCCGAGCACCAUCACUCAACUAGAGAAAAGACCUUUCACCGGAAAGGUCAAUGA